AGAGAGAGAGAGAGAGUACACACACUCCGGGAGAGAGACAGAGAGAGAGAGAGAGAGAGAGGCGGUUUCCAUUCUCAAACCGGCGAGACGGCGGAUGCACGCACGCGGACGCAGUAACUUCGCCGGCCCGGAAAAAAAAGCAUCGAUAUUUUCACUGUUACCUGCUUUAAUCUACCUUUUUUUUAUGCUUUGCUCCAGCGGGUUAUUGUAAUCAUUUGGACUUUGGCACUUGCCAAUAAUUCACCGCUUUACCUUAUAUUCCAGCAGUAAAUAAGUGAGAGGAGAGCGAUCAUCCCCAUCCAAUCUCUCUCAGUGACUCAUUGCUACAGAUAGAAUCAUGUCGGAAUACAGCUCUUUGCUGAACGACCUUUGCGAGAACAUCACUAAUGAGGAUCUGGAGCAGCUGAAGUCGGCCUGCAAGGAGGACAUCCCUGAGGACCAGAGCAACUCCAUCACCUCCUCCAAAGAGUGGUUCAGUUACCUGGAAAAAAAUGACAAGCUAGCUCAGGAUAACCUUUCCUACAUUGAGCACAUCUUUGAGAUCUCACGACGGCCUGACCUUUUGACCCGGGUCAUCGAGUACCGUACGACAGUGCUGAAGAUCUCUGAAGAUGAUGAAAUUGACACCAAACUUACACGAAUCCCAUCGGCCAAGAAGUACAAGGAUAUCAUUCGCCAACCUUCAGAAGAUGAGAUUAUCAAGUUGGCCCCUCCCCCUAAGAAAGUCUGAAGUUGAAGUUUGUGACCUUUCUUCUAUGUCCAUGGCACUCCACCUUGUCAGAUCAUCUUCAGCUCCCAUCUCUAAACCCCACCUUGUCCCACUCACUCAUCACAAGCCGCCACCCGACCAACUAAACAGCCGAUUGGAUUGAUUGACAGAUGCUUCAAAUCCACACUCUGAACCCUGGAGGCUCGAGAAGUUUAGAAAUCCAGAAGAAGGUGAAAGAAGAAGUAAGAGAAGGAAAGAUGGAAUGGACCAAAAGUUAGUGUUUUCCGUGAGUGUCGCUGAGAUUGUGUUUCCUGCUAUGGGAAAUUGUUCUGUGAGUACGUACAGUAAGCUCAUGUGUUUUAGAAGCAAAUGUUUGUGUAAAUGGAAGAAGACCAUAGAAUGCAACAGUGUAGUCCAUGCAGCCCGUGUAACCGAGACCUCUUCACAUAUCUAAUAUGGUGAUAAAUCUUCCAGCCUGUUUCUUUUACUCUAUGCUACUCUGAGUAAGUACAUUUCACUUGGCUGUAGAUUCCCUUUAAAACUCACAAGAUAACAAUCUGCAAAAAUGCUUAGAAUUUAGUGAGAAUUUAGCGUCAAGAAUCAUUUGAUAACUGCAAAGCCAACAUUUGCCUUCCGUAGAGACACAUUAUGUGUACACAUUAGAUCUGUUUCAAUUUAAAUUAUUUUUUAUUAUUUCUUCUGUUUAUUUAUCCUAAGCAUUGUAAUGAAUCAUUUGAAGUAUGAUGAAUAGCUUAUACCGUUAUACCGCAUAUCAAACAUAUCAUGAGGGUCACGUUUUCCAGAGUGUGUUUCUUUGAUAUUGAUUAAAAAAUUCCCAUAUUAAAGAUGUACUCCAUAUUGGGAUUUUAGGUUUAAAUACCUCAAACAUAAACAGUGUUUGUGAUCGGGGAUUAAACAGUGACCGAAAAAGACAUCAUCCCAUGUGAUUUUAUUGGCUUCACGCUCAUAAAAUGACAACUUUUGCACAAGCACCGGGCUUGUUAGGGCUUAUUACAACAUUGAGUUUGUAUAUUAUUUUAAAUCAUAAACUGUGAAUAUAAAAUGAAUUAUUUAUGCUUCUCAGUAUACUACACAUUUACAUGACAAUGUCAUAUGAUGCAUAAUUAGUAAUCUGAGAAAUAAUAGACUUUACGAAUAACAAUAUAAUUAUUCAGUAUUAUAGCACUAUUGGACUACGACAAACAAGACUCCAGUUGAGGCAACAGGGGUGGACAAAUCAUCAAGUCUUUGGCAAAUUUUUUCUAUAAGCUGUCAUGUUUAUUGAAGUCGGACGUCAUUAAUUUCUCUCAAUAUGUUUAGCUGUGAGGUGACUGCUGUCCACCAGAUUGCCUCGGCUAACGUGUGUAGAGCAGUUGAGGGUGGGAUUUAAGGUGUCACGUAAAAUUAAAUGAAAACUUUUGUAGUAAGGUUAAACUUAAGUAAUAAGGUUUUGUUUUCUUUCUUCAGGUGUUUAACCUACUUGUCUGCUAGGGAACUAAGGAAAACAAACAAAUUCCUCAGACACAGUACAGUAUGCCCUUGCCCUGUCCUAGUGAGUCGUCCACUUCUGGUUAAUAUGGUUGGUAAUAAGUUGUAGCUGUGUGGAGGUAAUAAGUUGUAGCUGUGUGGAGCUAAUAAGUUGCAUCAAUAAUCUCAACAAAAUAAAAAUCCUAACAAAAAAAAAAAAAAA